CAUGCAGGACGCGAUCAUCCACCGCGCUGCCUCAUUUAAAACGCUGCAGCGCACAGAAGCGUUUGGACUCACCUCUGGCUUCUAUGUGCGCGGGUUUUCCUGCGAACCUUGGAUGGUUUUGUUAUUUCUUGCCUGACCGGAGGUUUGUUCUCUGCCAUGAUGCUCGGAUUUCGCAGGAGAAUUUGCUCCAAACUCUGGAUUAAUCCGGGAUUUCUGCGGGAAUAACUAAAAGGAAACAGAGCAAACCUGCCUAUUGAGAAGCUGCUACAGGCUGGAGAAAUGGAGCUUACUCCUGCAGUGCUGCUUGUUGCUUUUUUAGUUUGGGCUGAAGGCUCCUCUCUGCCUCACUCCAGUCAUCGCUCUCUGAAGAAAACCUUCGGCCCUUCGUCCAGAGACUCGCUGUGCAACCACAUGCUGAAGCAUCUCCACAACGGAGCCCGAAUCACCGUGCAGAUGCCUCCCAACGUGGAGGGCCACUGGGUGUCCACCAGCUGUGAGGUGAGACCUGGCCCAGAGUUUCUGACCCGCUCCUACAAGUUUUACCCCAACAACACCUUCCAGGCCCACCAGUUUUACUACGAAGACAACCACUGCACCAAACCCACCUACACGCUGGUCAUCAGCGGCCGUCUCCGCCUGCGCCACGCCUCCUGGAUACUCCGGGGCGGCACCGAGGCAGAGUACCAACUCCACCAGGUCCAGACCGUGCCUCACACCGCCGCUAAGGCCAAAGAGCUGAGCGAGCGGCUCGGCCGCAGCUGCAGGGGGGCAACAAGGGGGUCCUGGGAGCCCGGCGUGAUGUACGAGCUGUGGAACGAAGAGGGAGGCUUCGACUGCUCCAAAGAGUUGAACUUCACCAUGCACGAGCUGCAGCUGCUGCGGGUGGAGAAGCAGUACCUGCAUCACAACUUGGAUCACCUGGUGGAGGAGCUGUUUCUGGGAGACAUCCACACUGAGCCGUCGCAGAGGCUCUACUACAAACCGUCCAGCUACCAGAUCCCCCUGCAGAACGCCAAGAACCACGACCAUGGCUGCAUCGUCUGUCGGAUCAUCUAUCGCUCGGACGAGUUCCAUCCGCCCAUCCUGCCGCCGCGGGCCGACCUCACCGUGGGCCUGUACGGCCAGUGGGUCAGCCAGCGCUGCGAAGUGCGGCCCGAGGUCCUCUUCCUCACCCGCCACUUCAUCUUCCACGACAGCAACCACACCUGGGAGGGACACUACUACCACUACUCCGACCCCACCUGCAAACACCCCACCUUCAACAUCUACGCCCAGGGCCGCUACAGCCGAGGCCUGGCCUCCACCCGCGUCAUGGGAGGGACCGACUUUGUCUUCAAAGUGAACCACAUGAGAGUGACGCCCAUGGAUGUGGCCACCACCUCCCUCCUCAACGUCUUCAACGGCGACGAGUGCGGCGUUCAGGGCUCGUGGCAGGUCGGGGUGGAGCAGGACGUCACCGUCACCAACGGCUGCGUGGCGCUCGGCAUCCGGCUGCCCCACACGGAGUACGAGCUCUUCCGCAUGGAGCAGGACGCCCACGGCCGCUACCUGCUCUACAACGGCCAGCGCCCCAGCGACGGCACCAGCCCGGACCGCCCCGAGAGGAGAGCCAGCUCCUACCAGAUGCCCCUGGUACAGUGCUCGUCCAGCAGCCAGCGGUCCGACCGCGGCCGGGGGGACGAUGACGCCGAGCAGACUCGGCUGCGCCACAACGGCGGCUCGGGGCGGCACGCCGGCCGCAGCGGAUGCGUCGCCGUACUACUGGUCACGGCUCUGAUGCGGCUUUGUCAGAGUUAGAGACGGCAGCAGAGGCGUUUUCUUUCUACACAAACAACAACAACUCAUGUACUUAGCAGGGACGCAUUAUGCAAAAUUCUAAUUUUUGCAGAUUUUUGUACUUCAGUUUGGGCCUAAACGCCUUUUAAAAACAACCCAAAGCGGCAAAAAACAAAAACCCAACCAGACUUUUUUUUGACAAUAAGUUUAUGCUUUUUGAUUUCUGGAAAAUGAGCCGUUUCAAAAACCUCCGGAAAUCAACAGACCCUUUACCUAGCAACACCAGCGGAGUUCCAACCCGUUUGAUCAGCUGGUUUUACUGUUGGGCAAUGGUUUUACUGGUUUUACUGUUGGGCAAUGGUUUUACUGGUUUUACUGUUGGCAACGGUUCCUGGACAAGACUUUUGUUGUUGACACACUGUCCAGAAACCACUUGCUGCAUUCCUGUUGGUUGUGCAGGAGGCUCUACUAAUGCUUUUCAAAGAUCUAAUGUAUAAUUGAGCAUAAGUUUGUAGCCACUCUGACGUGUGACUGCAAAGGUUCAGUUGGGUUUGUCGCCAGUAGCUGCUUCUUGAAUUUAUAGUGACAAGAGGCCCUAAAGCAGCUCAUAAUAGAAUGAUUUUGUGCAGAAAAAUGUAAUUGACAUGUUUUGACUAGGCCACAGACUUAUUCUAACCUGUUCAAGGAAACAUAAUAAAUGUUUGUUUGGAUCUAGAGGGUGAGAACUGACCUCCUCUCCACCAAAGACUUGGCACUGCUGCUCCGCAGGAACUGCACUUUAGAGUGAAUCCACGCGACUAUGGAUCCACAACUAGAUUAAAAAAUCUCUUUAUACCUACAGAACUGAGAUUAUGUUUGUUUUUUGCAUCGUUUUUAUCCAGCAUACGUCACAUUGUCGGUUCUUACAGCAAAAAGAAGAGGCUGAUGAGUGGAAACAUAUUCUAGACAAAUCAUGUCUUCAGGAGAAAAACUCAAUAAAUUCUGUUUACUGUAAAAAAAAGAAAAAAAAAGUGAGUCGCAGGAUUUUCACAGGUUAAUUUUAGAUAAGGAUAUAAAAAGUCCAUUUGUUUCAGCAAUUUUAUUCAAAAAGUAAAACUUAUUUUUGGACCAUUUCUCAGAAAGUUGGGGUUAGAGUUGCAUAUAACCAGGAUUUUUCAAAAUACAUAUUUCAAUUUAAACUUUUACUUAUCCAGUAAAGGAGGUGGAAAACUAACUAGUGGUGGUCACGCUUCCGCUAAGCUGCUAACACCAGAGCUAAUGUUUGCUAACUCUCUAAACUUCCACUAAAUUUAUUUUUUCUCUUAGCUUUCACUAAAUGAAAUUUUCCAGCUAAUUUACAAGACUGUUUUAUAAACUUUAAGUUGAAUAAAGUUUGGAAUCUAUGUUGAAUUUUUUUUUUUUUUUUUUACUGUUAGAAAUUUUUCAAAUAGUUUCACUUUUACACUUAUUUUGAAAGGGGUGUGCAGCAGUUCUGUUUCCUCUCAUUUUUUUGUAACUUUAUGUUAAACAAGAAAAACAUAAAAGAUUUAAACAUACUUCAGAUAAAUUCAUAACGUUAAAAUAAAAAUGGUGCUGAAGGUUUCAAGGGCAGAUAUUUUAAUUGAAGUUAGCGCUUUAGCGUUAGCUUCAGCUAAAUACUGUAUUAGUGUAGCACUUUAGCAUUAGAAAAGCUAAGAUGUUCUAACAAGACACCCAGGAUGAUACCUGCUCUCUGAUUCAGCUUAGAGGUUUGGUUCAGAAUCGUAAGCUGUUUUUUCUACCAGUUUUUCCUUCCACUAAACUUUCCUUUCAAAGCAACAAACCUCUGUACCAAAUCAGUAGCAACUUACUUGUAAUAACUAUUUUUUUACUCCAAUGUCAAAGAAAAAACUAAUGUGUUUAACUUGAUUAAAGACAACUUUACAUCAAGUCUUAAAUUGGCAAGAUUAGUUUUUUGUUCAAGCUUUUUUAAAAUGGCUUUUGUUGAAAAACUUUUUUAAAAGUCCUUUAGUUAUUAAAAACAGUCAGCAGUCUCACAUUGGUUAAUAGCCACUACAUUUGGUAUUUUUAUGAGCAUUUUGUGUAAUUAUCAAAAUCAGAAAUAUUUCACAGUGAACCUACAAAUAUUGAAAUUAACUUUUUGAAAGCAAUUGCUGAAAUAAAUGAAGUCGCCUGGAUUCACCUGAAAGACGUUUUAUUCGCAGACAGCCGGAGAUUUUAUAAACUCACGAAACGCUGCAAACUUGCCAUUCUCAUUUAUUAAAGAGCUUACUUACACCGUGA